AUGCCUCAGACUGGUGAGGACUUUCAUAAUUUAUCUAAGUAUAAAAACGGUUGUUCUGGCCAGAAUGAGGGCUCUGAUCCGGGCUGGACUGGAUAUGUCUGGGCUGGACUGAACUGUCAACAACUUCAACUGCUAAGCUUCAGCUGUAAAUCAAUACCAAAGUUCAAUUUUGGCAGAGCUUUAAUCUACUUCAAGCUUUGUGAGGCUUUUGAAUGGGCAGAACUGCGGCUUCUUCAGUCUGAAAGGGCAGAAGUGGCUGUUCUUGAGGACUCAGUGCGCUAA